UGAUCUGUCUGCUGCUUGCUGUCCGCUGGGCUCUCUGCCUCUGUCUGGGAAGCCUGUGGUCACUAUGUCCUCCUCGCAGAGACUGGUGUUGGUGCUCGGGGGUGCUGGCACGGUGGGCUCAGGGAUUGUGAAAUGUCUUCUGGAGAAAGGGUUCCAGGUAGCUGUGAUCUCCAGGGACAAUUCCCGCUUGGAGAAGCUGAUAAGUUUUGUUCCGGGAACCCACAAAGACAAUCUGCAUACCCUGCUUGGAGACGUGGGCUCUGAGGAGGGGGCGCAGAAGGCGGCAGCUGCCCUGGUCAGCCGAGUGGGAAAGGUGACAGAUGUUGUGUCCUCGCUGGGCUUCAGCUGGUGGCAAGGAGGUCCACCUCACAUGCAGUCACUGCAGGAGCUGCAAAGGGUGCUGGAAACCCUUCUCCUGAGUACGUUCACCUCCUGGAAGGCUUUCUUCCCACUGGUGAAGGAUAACCCCAGUGGCACGUACACGUUUAUCACAGGGGGCGCUGGUGAACGCUUACUGAUGCCUGGCACUGGGUUCCUGACACUGGGCGCGGCUGGGGCUCUGGCAUUUUCCCAGGUGGUUCGCGAGGAGUAUCCAGACGUUGCGUGUAAACUAAACGAGGUAAAAAUCAACAUGGGAGUGGCCCCUCCGGAACGCCUGGGGCCAGGGUACGUGAGUCACUUAGAGGUGGGAGAGGCCAUCGCGUCACUGGUGGAAAAGAGGCGGGUGUCCCACACAGUCCUGUGUGCCAACUCCACCACCGACCUCAAGACGCUGAUCUUGGAAGGGAAACUGUGAGCUUUGGUCCUUGUGUAUUACCGCCGCCACCUAUCCUUCAUAUACCGCGACAUCCCCAAUCCCUGACCGUGCGCAUAGCUCCACUACUCAACAUCCUGCCUGGACCAUAAGCAACAUCGUCAGGAAUUGCACAAACCCAACCAGAGCCUCACAGCUCCACCACCCUCCACCUCCGAUGAGUAACUCAUGAGUAACUAUAGCAUAUGAUCUAGAUCUACUUGGCCAAGCAUUUAGGCUUCAUCCCAUUGUGGAACCACAAGGUACUGGCAGCAGCCCUGUAGAACAUCACUGACCAAUAUGUUGCGGAAAAUCUACAGACCUUAUGCUACAGCCUUGACAAUACUGUGGACAUCCUAUGUACUGAUAUCACUGUUAUAUAUGUUGUGUUGGUCUACUAGCAUUGUACCUGCACUCUCUUAGUGAACAGGGAAGGGGGAUAGGUGGGGACGUGACUUUUUAAAUACUCCUUGGGGACUUGCGGCCUGUAUACCGGACAAUUGAUUGUGUGAUUUGCCUUGGGUGGUCAUUCCGAGUUGUUCGCGCGCUAGCAGUUUUUAGCAGCCGUGCAAACCAGUGACGUGCGGUGAGGUCACUGGUUGGGGAGGCACUGGCAGCUAAGAAGCCCUCCCCCCCCACCACCUGAAAAAAAAAAGUGUGGUCCCCCAACACACCAGUAAAACCAGCACUAGGCAGAACCAGCUAGGGGGAGUAAUGCCAUAGCAGGGGAGACACUCAGUGUGGGGUCUCCCUGCCAUUACAUUAAUCUGCCCCCCAGCCAGUCAGCCCAGGGUUGGAAUUACUCGGAAAGUGGGAACCCCAAAAAAUAAAAAUGGGGUCCCCCCUCCCGAGCAAUAACCAGCACUGGGCUGAUAGCCCAGUGCUAUACCCGCACCCCUGGUGGCGGUGGGUGCGGGGUUCAUUGUGUGUUAAUAUUGUUCUUUACAGGUGGCCUACAGGUCCCAGCAAGCCUGCCCCAGCAUGCUGGCACUUGGAGAACCACAAGUGCCAGCAUGCCCGGACACAAAGGGCCUGCUGGCACCUGUAGUCCACCUGCAAAGAAUAGUAAUAUUGUUCUUUACAGGUAGCCUACAGGUCCCAGCAAGCCUGCCCCAGCAUGCUGGCACUUGGAGAACCACAAGUGCCCGCAUGCCCGGACAUAAAGUGCCCGCUGGCACCUGUAGUCCACCUAUAAAGAAAAUAUUAAAAUAAAAACACCACACUAUCUUGAAAAUAAACUUUAUUAAACUGGGUCUUCACCUGGGGGCGGCGGCCUUUAAGCUCUUUUGCGUGGCUGCCGCCUUCCCAGGGCUUCCGGCGUCUUCAUCUGGGGGGGCGCCACCCCCUCAGGGCUUCCAGCGUCUUCACCUGGUGGGCGGCGGCUGCUAAGCUCUUUUGCAUAGCCGCCGCCCAGCCAGGACUUCCGGCGUCUUCAUUCUUCAGGAGCUCUUCACUGCUCCUCCUCCGCCGUCGGACUGACUCUCCUCCGCCUCGCGCUGACUUAUAUAAGUCAGCCGGCGGGGCGAUGACGCGGCGAGCCGUGAUUGGCUCGCGGCGGCCAUCUUGAAUUUCAAAAAUUACGCUGAGGCGCCAUUUUUGAAACUGGAACCGCUCCGCUGCCAAACUCUGCAGAAUAAAGGUAAUUUCCGCCGCCGCAACCCGCACCGCCGACGCCCGCUCCACCGCCGCCCGCACCAUCGCCGCAUCCAGCAGCCCGCACCUCCUCCCCCGCGUCGCCCACACAGUGAUUGACAGCGGAUCCAGGGACGGAUCCGCUGGCCAAUCACUGUGGCCUCAUUGACAGGGACGUGCU